GGUGGCUCGCUGGCUAGGCGGAGGCGGUGUUGCGGGCGCCCUGCAUGGCGUUGAGGAAGAGGGGGUCUCGCUGGGGGAGAAGCGCAGGGUCGUUUCUUUCUUGACUGUGUCGCGCAGCUGAAUGGCGGAUGCCGCGGCUAUGAGUGGCGGUGAAAAAGCGCCCGAGCCCUCUCAACGGGUGGAGGAUAGCGGCGGCCUCUUCGGUGUGGAGAACAGAGCUGCAGCAGCCGAAGCGGACGAUGGCACACAAAAUGGCGCCCGCUCUGAAAGAAGCCGAAGUGAUGAGUCGCCGCUGCUAAACACUGCCGCCGAAGAGGACAGGGACUCCCCGCGCAGUGGCCAUCGCAAGACUGGGGUCUCCGGGGCCCUCGAGCAGACACAGGCACAGCCCCUUAGCGAGGGGCUAGGGGCCUCGUUCCUCAGAGCCCCCGAAGAUCUGCCUCUUAAGAAAAACUUUCAGAUUCCCAGGAAGAGCAGAGAAAAGAAAGCUCUUUUUCAGCCCAUAACAAAUGAAUCCCGUGAAUUUGAAGAUAUUGUGAACGUUUUGCAUUCAUCAUAUUUAGAUAUCCUUUCAAAGGAUAGAUUCACAUACAAAAAAGCCAGUCUGGUUCAUAGUGAACUGUUGGAAAAGGAUUUCAUAGAGAAACGAAAAGAAUUGAAACAAGAUGGGAGGUCAGAGAAAGAGCUUGCUGAGGCAUAUGCAUUUCUAAAGGUUGAUCGUUUGUUGGUCCAAAAUAUAUGUGAAAACGGCUUACUGGUGGGCCAUUCCAAGAUAACAGUUCUCGGCAAUCCUUCAAUGGGUGUAUAUCUUUCCAAGUAUGCUGACUUGUUACAGACUAAUCCUCUGGAGACUAAUGCAACUGGUGAUAUUAUUAUUUUUAAAGUAAUAAAGGGGAAAAUGAAGACUAUAUAUGAUAAAUAUGAUAACCAGACAGUAAAUGCAAUGGAUUCAGCUGUUAAAAAUGCAUUGGAUCCUACACCAAAACAUGAAUGUCAUGUUUCAAAAACUGCAAACAAAAUUACAUCCAGCCGUAAUUACAGAGCAUAUGAACGUACGCAGUAUUACUUCUAUGAAUAUCACUUUCAUGAGGUCAGGAAAAGACCAAGACAUGUGUGUCCAUAUGCUAUUGUAUCGUUUUUGUACAAGGAUGAAAAAAUGCAAAAGUUCUUGCCUCAAGUAAGAUCAAAGACUUCUAGUAUGGAUAAGAGCACUGAUAAAGCAAGUUAUACUUUAUGGAAAGGGCAACUUUUAAACAAAGGAAAGCUUGUUUGUCAUGCUGCUUUGAUAUCUGAAAAACGCCCUACGCUUCCCUGCAAGCUUCCUGAAAAGCUUGAUGUUGAAAUGGUAAUCAGCUUUGAAAAUUUGGCUCAGAAAUUAUCAUCACGAGUGUUGGCUAAAGAAACUUAUUUGGGAGAAAGGGAAGUGUUUAAGAAUGGCAUGUAUUGUAGUCUGUUUGAAGUUGUGGAAAAGACUAGAUCGGGAAGCAAUUUGGAAGGUUUACUUCAGAAGCUAGAGACAGACAACCUGGUUAUUUUAAAACCACUUGUAGAUGGAGGAUAUCUCUUGCUUCUUUCUCCUUAUCAAAUGGCUUCCCCAUAUGAUAAUCGAACAGGAAGACCUCGGGUUUUGAAAGCAUUGUUUCUAUUUCAAAAGCCUAGAAAUUUAAUGACUACAGUGCACAAAAGUGAUCAGAAAAAUGAGAAUACAUUGGUAUUGGAUGAAACGCAUGAAGUUAUACCAGAGCUUCCAAGAUUUAUCCAGUCAUUGCAUUAUGCAUACGUACAUUCUCGCAAAGAUUCUAAGUCUGACUUGAAUAUUUUGAUGGAAAAAUAUAUAAAGGACUAUUUUAAACGAUACAGUAAAUAUAAAGAAUUUGUUUUAUAUCAAUAUAAAGGAAACUUGGAUGAGAAAACAUUUCUGUAUUCUGGUCCUAAAAAUAAAUCCCAUCUUGAGAACUGUUUGCAGUCCUAUAUUUUUGGUUCAGAAGCAUACCAGAUUCCUAUUUCUAAAAUGAAGAAAAUAAUGGACAGUAAUAGAAAACCUCAGCAGUUCAGUCCUGUUUCAGAUUAUGAAGCCCUGGAAGAUGAAUCUGAUUUUACAAGAAGAAAAAAAGCUGGCAAAAGAAAUGGAUCAAAAUAUGAAAGUUUAGUUGCCAAAAGAAAGUCUGUUCACUCUGGAGAUCGUGAUAGAGGAAAUAUUGAAGAUCUGAUUAAUUUAAUUCAUUAUACAAAGAAACAUGUAGACAGAGAAUCUGACUCAGAAGACAAUAAAAAUGAAAGCAGGCGGAAACGAAAAUGUGGAAGUAAAGGAGAGAGCCCACAAAAGCAGUUAAAAAUGAGCAAUACAUUAGAAAACUAUGAAGCUGGACUUUUAGAUGACAGAGCACCAGAAUCACUUCUUUCGAUGAUAGCUGAUCUUGGUGGGCGUGAUACCGAUUUGAGACAACAGAAUGUUGCUGAUCCUCCAAUUACUGACCUAUCUGGUGUUUUGAAAUUACUUUCGGAAGUGCUUACGAAUGCGGAUUUUCAAACAGCAAGAUUGGUUAAACAGGAUUCAGUAGAAAAUUAUUCAAAGCAAACAGUUGAAUACAAUCCCAUUUCACCAAAGAUCAAGGAAGAACCUGAGCUUCCUAUUACUACACAUGAAAAUACUCAGUUCAAGGAUCCCCAAAGUCCAGUCACACUAGAAAAAAGUGCAACAUGUUUGCCUAAUUCUUUUGAUGCCUCCUCUAUUGAAACAGAUCCAGAUCAUAUACUACCGUUAAAAGAAACAAGCACAGGAAGCAUAAGCAGCUUUGAUGGUUGUGCCAGUCCCUGUCCUAGCACACCCCUCGAACAGAAUUAUCAUAGACAGCAUUCCAACUCAAACAAUUCUGAGGCAACUGAAAUACAUUGGAAACUGAUUCCCAUCACAGGAGGGGUAGGAAGAGUUCCUGAGGAUCAACUGAGAAAGCAUGGAGAUAACCAAACAGGCUUGAAGUCUCCAGAUGAAAUGUUUGCUUAUUCAGCACCAAAGGAUGCUUGUGAACAUGAUCCCCGCGUUAUAAACAGGCCAAGAAGUUCUGAUUAUGAAGUUGCAUACUGUGCCUUUUCAGACAUACAGAAAGAAAGAAUAGAAGAUAAAAUACACACAGGUCAAGAGGUGAAAUCUGAAGAACAAUGUGAAUAUGAAGCAAAUAAUUAUGUAUCAAGUAAGCAUUCAGUAAGUGGAAUAAUAGAAACAGCCAUAUUAGAAGAGUACAACAUUUUUACCAACAAGAUUCAGGAAAUUUUGCAGCAGAAGAACAUUACGUAUGUCAGUGGAAUAUCAAAACCUGUCAUUUCAGCCCAGGAAAGGAUUAUGAGACUUUCUGAAUUCAUAUGUUUACAAGCAUCAGAUAUUGGUGUCCAUAAAUAUGUAGAAAGACUAAGUGAAAAGCUCAACAGUGUUGCUUUGUCAUGUUCUCAUGGUGUCCAGAAUGUGUCCUUUACUGGAAGCACUGGACCAGUUGAUAAUUCUGUUACCAGUAGUGGAUUAAAUUUGCCUCUGGAGGAGCCUGUGUCUUCCUCAAAUGAUUCUGAAGAACACUUUCCAGAGCCAUCAUGCAGCAGUGUAGAGGGAGAUGUAGUCAUCAAUGAGCAGAAUCAGUCAGUGGUUUUGGAUACAGAAAAAGAACACAAGCCAGUGAUUGCUAACAUAGAAGAAAAGUUAACAGCUGAGCCAAAGGAAUCUCCUGUUGAUUGUUUACCAAAAUCAGAGAAGAUCUCAAAGCCUGUAGAUAAAUCAGAUAUUGGAACACAACCUGCUCUGGCUGGUUUUAUUAGCCAGUUAAGACCUGAAGUGUUUGACAGCAUUUUCAAAAUUAUUGAAGAUGUACGAAAAAAUACACUGAAAUUCUACAUUCAUGAAGAACAAGAAAGUCUGCUUUGCAAAGAAAUAAAGGAGUAUCUUACUAAAUUAGGUAAUACAGAGUGCCAUCCUGAGCAGUUCUUGAGAAAAAGAGCUGAACUGGAUAAAUUGCUUGUAAUUAUUCAAAAUGAAGACAUUGCUCAUCUAAUUCAUAAGAUACCAUGUUUAGUAUCUUUGAAGAGACUUUCAUGUGUCAGUUUUGCUGGUGUUGAAAGUUUGGAUGAUGUGAAAAAUCGUACUUACAAUGACUUGUUUGUUUCUGGUGGCUUCAUUGUAUCGGAUGAAUCUGUUCUCAACCCAGAAUCUGUCAGUGUUGAUAAACUUAAUGAGUUUCUGAAGUUCCUUGGAGAGUUGAGUACUCCAGAUGAAAAGUGGCAAUGGAAAAUUCACUGUAAAAUACAGAAAAAAUUAAAGGAGCUUGUAAGAACAAAUAAAAAUGCCAUGAACUUGCUAGCACUUUUGAGUGCUUAUCAAAAGAGAAACAUGGUUGAGAUUCUGGCUUACCAUAGCUGCGAUUCUCAAACACGAAGUCCUCCAGAAUUAGAGUGUCUCAUAAGACUUCAAUAUCAGAAUAUUCAGCAAAGGCAUGUGGUCUUUUUGACAGAAAAGAAUGUGUCAACCUUUGCAAGUUAUGCUGAUAAUGGAAUAGUGGUUACUACUGUCAGUUCCUUUAUGCACAACUUCAAAAGUCUAGUUGGCUGCCACAACUCAGUUACAGAAGAAAGCUUGCCUUCUCCCACUGAUUAUGAAAAACAACCAGUUCUUGUAGAAAACGAUGAAAAGGAUGAGGAGGACAUGUCUCUGGAUUCAGGGGAUGAAGCAUCACAAAUAGAAGUUUGCAAUGAUGCCUCAAACUGUGAUUCCCAUUUGGAAGAUUUUCAGACAGAGACCAAAGGACCACAUGGAACAGACUCUAGGCAAAACUCUCAAAGUGAUGCACUGCUAUCUUCUGAAGAAGAACACUACUCUCUGACAGAAAAGACUUCUAAAAUUGACAUGCAAGAUAUACAGCCAGUUACUCCUGUUUCAACUACCUUCUGUCCUGAAGAGGAGAGAACUAAUUCAGAUGAACAAAUUCCUCUCAGCUUUCAGAUGUACAAUAGACAAUUAAGUGUGCCUCAUCAAUUCAGUCAUUUUAACGUUCUCACUCAUCAGACGUUUUUGGGAACAACAUACCCUAUGGCUGCCAGUCAAAAACAGGAAAGUGGAAAUUGCUUUCUGACUGCUUACAGUCAGAACAUGGAUAUGGACCAUUCUUCAUCUUCAUCCAAUAAUUGGGAUAUCAAUUGUGAUUCUUUGAGGCCAUUUCCCAAACAGAAUUGAGCAAAGAAAUGUCUUUUUUUUUUUAAUAUUUCUUGCGAACUUUAGAAAAAAAGUGAAUUAAGUAUUUCUAGUCUCUGAUUCUAAACAUUUCUUGUCUCUUAUCUCAGAUGUUUUCAUGUUUAUUUAAAUCAUGAAUGGUCUGUAUCAGAUAAAGCACCUGAAGUUUGAAAUAAAUAUAUAUAUUUUUAACAUAUAUUGUACUUGAAUGAACUUGUUUAUUGGCACUUCUAAGUUUUACAUUUUGUAGUUCACGUGUAAUUAAGAUUACCAACUUGAAGUCUAACUUAUGUAAUUUAAAUGUUUGCCUGAACCAUAUGUGAAAGAGGGAAGGGAUCAUUUUUAAUGUAAAGUAUAAAAGGACAUUCAAACCACUUUUCCUUUAUAAUAGCUAUUAUGUACAUAUGUGAAUGUUUUGUAUAAAAUCUUUCUAUAGCUUUAAAGUCAACUCUAGUUACUUCAUCAAUUAUCCUGGAUUUUUUAUUACAUACUUAAGUUAGAGUAAACAGUAGGUGCAGUUUGUUUUGAAAUGAAUAAAAGAAUUUGUCCAGAGAGGACUUAGUAGCAACUUGCAUUUUGUUGUGUCAUCUGUUUCCAUGAAAUAGAUGCAGCCGAGAUAAUUAUAUUAUCAAUCAAGUUAACUUCUCUUGCCAUCAAGUUAUGCAUUUACUAAAAGUACGUAAUACUCUGAUUAGUAUUCCAAGUUCAGAGCUCUUUUUAUCAGCAUAGUAAUACUAAAUCAAGUUAUUUCUGAUUAAAAAACUUGCAAUGUAUAUGUAGACGAACUGGCUUCAUUGACAUCAAAGAAGUUAAGAAUAGCUCUGUGUGGAAUUACUGUCAUAAUAUACUCUUGUAUCCCUGAAUUUGGAAUUUUUUUAUUAAAACAUUUCAUAACAAUAAAAUGCUGUCAUUAUAUC